UUGGCCACCACUCAGGCAGAGCAUGGAAAGGACGCUGCGCUUGAAGAACGGGACAGUCUCAGCCAGUCAGUGGCUACAGCGGAGGUGCGCGUGAGUGCGUUAGAGGUGGACCUCGAGGAAUCAAAGGCGGCGGUAGCUCGAGCCGAAGACGCGAGAGACAGCACAAUUGCAGAACGCGAUGAUGCGACGCACUCACUGAAGGCCUCCGAAGAGUGCGUGAACGCGUUGGAGGCCAUGAACGACUCAUCAAAGGUACAUACAGUUAUGUUUGUUGGUAUUUGCGACAG